AUGGUAGAUGCAGCUGCAGGGGGAGCUAUUAAUAGUAAAACACCUGAGCAAGCCCAGGAUUUGAUAGAAGAGAUGGCCACCAACAUUUAUCAGUGGCAAAUUCCACGGGCUAGAGGUCCAAGGCCCGUUGUAUAUCGGGCUGAGGCAGAUCCUACAGCAGCCUUGGCAGCACAAGUAGAGCUACUUUCCAAAAAGAUAGAACAACUUCAGAUGCCGGUCCAAGCAGUUCAGCCCGGAUGUGAAUUCUGUGGUGGACCGCAUUACAGUGCCAAUUGUAAUGCGGGAGGUAUGUUUGCAUCUUCUAUGCCUACUAAUGUUUCUAACGUUGAGCAUGUUGAUUAUGUAGGUAGGCAGCAGAAUGAUCCCUACAGCAAUACAUGCAACCCAGGGUGGAGGAAUCAUCCUAAUUUUGGAUGGAGGAACUCCAAUAACCAAGGUCCACCAGGAUACCAGAGGUUGCAUCAGCAGCAACCUAUGCAAUCUAUUCCCCAUCAACCAGGAGGUAGUCAAGAGAAGAAACCUAACUUGGAAGAGUUGAUGAUGAAGUUCAUUGCAACUUCAGAGAACAGAUUUCAGCAAACGGACACUGCCGUUCGGAAUCAACAAGCUUCAAUUCGGAACUUAGAAACUCAAAUUGGGCAGUUGUCUAGGAUGAUGGCUGAGAGGCAACCAGGCACGCUUCCAAGUAACACAGAGUCUAAUCCAAGGGAGCAUGCCAAAGCAAUUACUUUGAGAUCAGGUAAGGAACUUACUAGCUCAUUUAAGCCUUUCGCUAAUAAGGAUUCUAAUGUGCAGGUGGAUGAGUCGGAAAAGAAAGACAAGCCUGAAGAGAAAGAAAAGGGAGCAGUUGAAGAGAAGGAGGAUUCGAAGAAGAUUCCCUUGAGGCCAUACCAACCUCCCAUUCCAUAUCCUGCAAAACUCAGGCAGGAUAAAGUUGAUCAGCAAUUUGGUAAAUUUUUAGAUCUUUUUAAACAAUUGCGGAUUAACUUGCCGUUUGUUGAAGCUAUUUCGUAG